AUGUCUUUCCGAGAGGGAUUUGAAAAACUUCUCAGUUGGACUUGCAAAGCCCUUGGUAUGGACGAUUUCAGCAGACAGUGUAUGGUACAGACAUGCACUGUUUGUAAUGGGGACACAGAAUUCUAUUGCAAGACAUGUGAAAGUAACCUAUGUCUACAGUGUAAAGAGAGACACAACAGUUAUCUAGACACAGUGUGCCAUGAUGUUGUGAUUUAUAGAGAGAAAUUUGAAAGCAUCCAAAAAGCUGAGAGUUGUGGAAGACAUCCAGAAAUGUUAUAUGAAAUGUACUGUCAGUCUUGUGAACUUCCUGUCUUCUACAAGAAAACUUUAAUCAACAAGAUCAAAGCAACUGCACAGGUAAAGCAGGUGCCUCUUUUGUCAAUAAGUGAUAAUUUAAAAAAAGCUGAUGUGAGUCUGUUAUUAAAAGAAACCCAAAGUGAAAUCAUGAAAACAGAAAUAGUAAAUGAACAGCUGCUGAAAAUGGUGUCUAAACCUGUGUUAAAAAGAUCAGUCAAAACACAUCUGGUAAAACUCUUCAGAAAGUUACAGACAAAGCUGCAUUUCCAGGUGUACACACAGUAUCAAAAGCUGGAGAACUUCUAUAUUGACAUCAAAGGAGAUGUCAAAAUUCAAACAGACAGCCAAUCAAAGGUCAUGCGAAUGGAGAGAACAGAAUCACCAAUCAGUCUCCACUACUGUGCCUUCGCUGGUGACAUUCUUCUUGGUUUUAGGGGAUUUCAUACAAAAGUUAAUAUUUCUUAUGCAGGCAUAGUAAAGCAGUAUGACAGCAUUGGGGAAGAAAUCCAAACACUCCAAUUUGACCACAAAGGUGAAAAUUUAUUUGGAGAUCCAAGGUACCUCACAAAAAAUUGCAAUGAAGAUAUCAUUGUGUCAGAUUAUACUUUCAAUGCUGUAGUCGUGGUUGACUCGGCGGGCAAACAUCGGUUCUCUUACACGGGACCUCCACCAGGAUCAGGACUGAAACCAGGACUACUACCUCAAGGAAUCUGUACAGACGCCCUGUCACACAUCCUGGUGGUUGAUACCCUCACUGACACUGUACAGAUGAUUGACAAGGAUGGUAAUUUCUUGUCCAUCCUGUUGACCAAACCAGGGAGUAUACAUGAGCUGUAUGGUCUGGCCUAUGAUCACAAAACUCAUCUGCUUAUUGUUGGGCGUGGAUCAUCAGAAUGCACCGACAUAGUGUCUGUAUAUAGAUACAUAGAAAGGCAAAACUACGUUUUGACUGAUACAUAA